UUUAGCUCCAAUCACUUGAAAUUUUGUGACUAAAUUCAGAUCUCUCUUUUGGUCAUUUCCUCAAAACUCUUCUUCCCCCAACUAAAACAUCAACAACAAAACAAACACAUAUAACAUCUACAUAAAGUAAAGUGCAGAGAUAUGUUGCAAAACAAGGUGGGUCAAAAUCAAGGUGCUGAACCCAUUUUCUCAAAAGGGUCGAAUUCAAAAACUGAAUUAAUUGGCGAAAACCAUGAGAUUAAGAAAGGAAAUUGGAGUUCCCACUCUGUUGUAAGGAAAUUUGAGUCACUUAAACAGUUGAAUUGCUACUCUGAAGCUUCAAUUUCUUUGAUUUUUUUUUUUUGCUGUUAUCGUUAUUUCUCUUUUAAAUUUUUGCUUUUGUGAUGAGUUGAGAUAGUUUUGCAGCUUUUCAAUUAAUUUCCACCACCUUGAAACGAGCUAUGUGUUUGUUGAAAUUUUGUUGCUUUCAACUGCUGUAAUAACAUUUUUAGCAUAAUAAGUUGGUUAGUUUAAGGAUGAAUUUCAAUUUUAAAUUUCAAGUUAGUUGAGAUAUUUUAGGUUUUUUGAAUUUUAAAUUAUUUGGACUUUUUGUUCCAAUUUGACUAUUUAAAGCCUUUUUAUGCUUAAUAAAAUUAUUGAGAGGCAUUGUAAUCAAUACUUUUAAUCUUUUUUUGCUGACCCGUCUUUUAAAACAUCCAACAGUGUUCCAUCAUAUGUUCAGAACCUAUAAACUUCAAAUCCUAGCUCCGUUUCUGAUGAUAUCAAUUGGUACGUGGAGUUAACCACCUCAUGAUAGGUUCACCUAUUAAAGAGAAAUUUACAUGGAAUUGUCAGUAAUAAAUUUAAUUAUUGUCAGAGUUCAAUGAUUGUUGGGGUCCAAGUCAAGGUCUUCAUCAACCCUUUAAUAAAUUGUGUUAGGUAAAGGCUGCUUCUAAUACAAAGACUUAUACUACUAGUUUGCAACAGAAAGGUUGUUGAUCUUCAAAUCAUAUUACUUUCUCAUCAUGGCUGAAAUUCUUUACGGGCUUGCUGCUGAAAUCUUGAAAAACUUGGGUUCUCUUGCAGCUCAAGAAGUAGGAUCAGUUCGAGGACUAGGCGAUGAGCUUCGCAACCUUUCUGGUACAGUUUCUUUAAUCCAAUCUGUACUAAUGGACGCGGAGCAGCAGCAGCAGAGUAGCCACGAGGUGAGGGAUUGGAUAAGGAAACUUAAAAAAGUUUUCUUUGAGGCUGAUGAUCUCUUGGAUGACUUUGCUACUGAAGUGACACAUCGAAAAUUGGUGAGUAAGGUAAGCAUCUUCUUCUCAAAGUCAAAUCCUGUGGUUUAUAAUGUUAAGAUAAGUAAGCGUCUCAAGGCCAUUCGAGAAAAUCUAGAUGUAAUUGCAAAAGAUAAGGCCUCCUUAAAUCUGGAUGUAAUUGAAAGGAGGCAACCUUUGCUUCUUGAGCCUAAUUUGGGUAGAGAGACUUGUUCAUUGGUGCCUGGCGAAGUCAUUGGAAGGAAUGAUAAUAAAAGGGAAAUUCUAGAUUUUCUUAUGGAAUCUGAGGUUAAUGAGAAUGUUGCGGUUAUAUCGAUUGUUGGCCUUGGUGGACUAGGAAAGACCACUCUCGCGCAAUUGGUGUAUAAUAGUGAAAUGGUUCAGGUAAAAUUUGAGAAAAGAUUGUGGGUUUGUGUUUCAGAAGUUUUUGAAGCGAAAGUGAUUGCAGAAAAAGUCGUCGAAUCUGCAGGAGGGGGGAAGGAUAAUUACCUUCAACUAGAUGCAGUGCAAAAGCAACUUCAAAAAAUGCUUGAUGGGAAGAAAUAUCUACUGGUGCUCGAUGAUGUGUGGAACGAAGAUGCUUCAAAAUGGUCGACAUUGAAAAAUAUGUUGAUCGGUGGAGCCAAGGGAAGUAAGAUUUUAGUAACUACUCGUUCAAAUGUAGUUGCAAAAGCUUCAGGAAGUAUUCACCAACAUAAAUUGGGGGACCUGUCAAAAGAAGAAGCAUGGGCAUUGUUUGUAAAAAUGGCAUUUGAGUGUUGUAACAAAGAGAGUGAAAAUUCGAGUUUGGUGGAAAUAGGAAAGGAAAUUGUGAAAAAGUGUGGAGGAGUUCCUCUUGCAAUAAGGUCAGUAGGAAGCCUACUACGCCAAAAAAGCACGGAGGAUGAAUGGAAAUAUUUCAUGAAUCAAGAUUUGUCAAGUAUCACACGAGGAGGCGACAGUGUCAUGGCCAUUUUGAGAUUGAGCUAUAAUCACCUUCCUCACCAUCUAAAGAUAUGCUUCGCAUAUUGUUCCCUCUUUCCAAAGGAUUUCCGAAUUGAUAAAGUUGAUUUGAUUGAUAUGUGGAUUGCUCAAGGCUUCAUUCAAUCAACUACUAGCAACAGAGACAAUGUGGAGGACAUUGCAAAUUCAUAUUUCAUGGAUUUGUUAAGAAGGUCAUUCUUUCAAGAAACUGAAGAAGACAAAUCAUUUCCGCAAUUUUACAAAAUGCACGAUCUUAUUCAUGAUCUUGCGAAAGAAGUUGCAGAUGGGGAGUUCUUCAGUAUCACUAAAACUGAAGACACAGAGAUUGUAAUUCCAGAACAAACUCUCCAUUCUUCUUGUUUAUUCCAAGUAGAUGCUUCAUUGGAAUUUAUGAAUUCCAAGCAUAUGAAGUUGCGGACAUUUAUUUUCCUAAAUGAUUCUUUCAUAAGCAAUUCAACAUUAGAGAGAAUGGUUUCAAGUUUUGAAUGUUUACGCGUUCUGGAUCUAUGUCCCCUGUGUAUAGAAGUUUUGCCUCAAUCUUUAGGUGGACUGAAGCAUCUAAGAUAUCUUGCUAUUUCCUCUAUAAUAAUUGAUACUUUACCAAAUUCCAUCACGAAGUUGCAUAAUCUACAAGUUUUAAAGUUGGUUAAUUGCUUUGAACUCAAAAAGUUGCCAAGAGAUAUUUGGAGAUUGGCGAGCCUUCGACGUUUGGUAUGUACGCGGUGCUAUUCAUUAACCCAUAUUCCACCAGGACUGUGGCAGUUGGCAAGUCUCAUGCAUUUGGAUUUUGAUAGUUGCAAGUCAUUGGAAGAUAUGCCACCUGGAAUUGGCCGAUUGACAUCUCUACGGACAUUGACGAGUUUUGUUGUAGGCAAAGAAAGUUGUAUAUCUGGUUUGGCAAGUGACAAGUUGGAUGAAUUAAAGAGCCUUGCUGAUCUCAGAAAUAGAUUAAAAAUUAAGUUCAAGGGACGUGCCCGUGCAAGUGGAGAAAGAAAACCUACCGAUGUAGUGAAAAGAAUGAAACAUCUUCGGGAGCUGUUCGUGAAGUUUGAACGUGGAAAUCAAGAGGAUGAUACUGGAGCUGAUCUUAUAAUGUUGGAGGCCCUGCAGCCGCACCAAAACAUUGAAAGCUUGAAAAUACAAUAUUAUAGUGGAUCAAGGUUCCCAAGUUGGUUGAUGGUUGAUAAUCUUGGCUUUUUGCUACCCAAGCUUGUUUAUCUAAAUAUCAUAGAUUGUGAUAAAUGCCAAAAGCUCCCACCAUUAUGGCAACUGCCUUCUCUCCAAGAUCUUGACCUAUCAAAUCUUGACGUCAUGGAGAGCAUAGAUGGACUUGAAGGUGAUGAUGAUAAAUUCAUGCUACCAUCAAAUAAGUGCUACUUCCCUUCCCUAAAGACCCUUUCUUUGAACAUAAUAAGUGAGAAGAUAUUGAAGCAAAUUCUUUGCCCACCUCCACAUCCUUCUCCUCUUUUGAUUUUAAAUAGCUUGAGUCUAUUUUCUAUCGAGGGCCUAGCAACUAUGCCAGAGAAUGUCUUCAAGAGUCUCACCUCACUCCAAUCCUUGUCUAUUAAUUACUGCAUAAAUUUGGUCUCUCUAUCCACAUGUCUAACUCAUCUCGCUUCCCUUGAGUUUUUAUAUAUAAAGAAUUGCCAUCUGCUCGAUUUGUCGAACGAAGAAGCGAUGCAAUUUGAUGUCCCGGGAAAUUUAUCAACUUUCAGUGUUGCCAAUCUUGACAAGCUAAUGUCGCUACCAGUUUGGCUCCAACAUUUCUCGGGUACUUUGAAAUCAAUGGAGAUUUGUGACUGUUAUAACUUCACAACAAUUCCAGAAUGGAUAGGCGACCUCAUUGCCCUUAAUCGAUUGGAAAUUUCUGAUUCACCUAUGUUGACAUCUUUUCCAGAAGGUAUGCGAUCUCUCGCAGCAUUGCAAGUGCUAAUGGUUUAUGUAUGUUCAUCAAGUCUGAAGCAAAGAUGCGAGAAGGAAGUAGGAGAGGACUGGCCUAAGAUUGCUCACAUUCCACGAGUUGUGAUAGACUAAGAUUUGAUAAUCCGCUGCAAGUUCAGGCUUGAAGCAAUGUAUGGAUAGAAGGAUUUCUCUGUUUGUUUUUACUUCCAAGGUGAGUUGAGAUAGCUUUGCAACUUCUCAAUUAGUUCCCACCUUGAUGUUUGUAGGGGAUAAUGUAUAUGUUUAAUUUGUUCUGAAUAAGUUUGUGUAGAUCUGAUUUUCCUUAA